CCGAACGAUGCGCGUGUAAAAAAAAAAGUAAAAAACUUUAGGCCUACGAAUUUAAAAACUUUAGGCCUACGAAUUUGUGAUGUGCAAUGCAUUUCGAGAAGACAAAACGGCGUCGUUUCCUCUUCGGGCUUACUUCGAGGAAAAAAAUAACCAAAAACGGAAAAAAAAAAAAAAAAAAAGUCCGGAAAGGAAAUCAUGGCGAGCAUUGCUGUAUGAAUAUGGUGUGGGGUGUUUGUUUAGGGACAGAGAGCGAGAGCUGAAGAGCGAGCAAUGAGUACCGCAGAGUCCAUACGAAGCAGUUUGGACAUUUCUGAUUUUGAUCACACUCCUUAUUACUGUGAGGAGAACGUAUACUUCCUUUGCAAGAAAUUAUGCACCAGUGGAGUGGCAGACGGGGGAUCUGAUCUUUUUGUCGUUUUCAUUUCCAAUGAGAAUAAACAGAUUCCAUUGUGGCAUCAGAAGGCCAGCAAAAGAGCAGACGGGAUAGUUCUCUGGGAUUAUCAUGUUGUUUGCAUUCAGAAAAGAAGAGAAGGUGACACUCCUCACUUAGUGUGGGAUUUAGAUUCAAGCCUUCCAUUUCCUUCUCCUUUAACCUCCUAUGUGUCAGAAACUAUCCGGCCAUCAUUUCAGCUCUUCUCUGAGUACCAGAGGUUUUUCCGGAUUGUGCAUGCUCCAAUAUUUCUUCGUUGCUUUGCAUCUGAUAGAAGACACAUGAAAGAUUCUGUUGGGAACUGGACUGCUGAACCCCCUGUAUAUGAACCCAUAGUCGCUGAAGAUGGUGCCGUGCACAACUUGAAUGAGUACAAUGAGAUUCGUGCUCCAGAUAACACCAUAAAUGCUAUAGGUGACUUGAGCAAUGAGGUUUUUACACACAGACUCGGUGUGGUGAUAGAUGUCGGUCAGCUGGAGGAAUUCUUUUCUCAAAUUCCUUGACAUAUUGUGAAUUUCUUGUCUGCUAGAAUUCACAUGCCAUGAACUUUUUAUUUUUAUUUUUGGAGUAUAUACGAGUCAUAUACUUGCUGCUGUUUCUGGAUUAGUUCAUUUAACAGCACCCGUUGUUUGAGUUCU